AUGCCGCGCGUACUGGCCCCGCUGGCCAUUUUCGUAGCCCUCAGCGGGGUGGUCAACGCCGGUAUACAGAUCACGAAGCCCGCGAGUGGCAUCGUAGCCAAAGCUGGCAGCGCGCUUGAGGUGGAAUGGAAAGAGGGCGGCACCGGCCCGGCUUUGGCAGACCUCGACACCUUCACCGUCGACCUCUGUGCUGGGAGCAAUGAUGAUCCCGUCUGCGGUUUGGCAGUCAUUGCUGCCUCUCAAAAGUUCUCUACGUUGGGCCAUGCCGAGGGCGUGGUGCAAACGUCAGUCGGUGAAGACAAACCUACGAACGCCUAUUUCGUCAGAUUGAUCGCCGUCGCAAAAACUGGCGGCCAACUCACGACAUACUCGCCUCGCUUCUCCUACUCGGGCAUGAAGGGCACCUUUGCGGCCACUGUCAAGACAUCCCUCGACAAGCUCAAAAGUACCGAAACCAGUGGCCCGCCUACCAAGGACGAAACAGAUUCAGGCAAGAAACCAGCCGCAGGAGAUGCUAGUGAUUUCGAAGUCAACUACACAAUGCAGACAGGCCCCACGCGAUACGCUCCUAUGCAACCCAUUCCCGGCACCAAAAUCACAAAGACAGGGAAGCCUACGCCCUUGUUCCCAACCAGCGCCGUCUCUUUUGCGAAGAGCCAUCUCCCUAUUCCCACCAUCGCCACCACUGUGACCCAAAGUCAGACGCACAAGGUAGAGAGUCGGCCUCAUACGGAACCACCCGCUCCUAACCCAUCAGAUGACAUGGCCAAGUUCCUUGCAAGGUGGAGAGACUAG